CAGAAGCAGAAAGGGAAAGAUGUUCGGGCUCAUCUAUGCAACGGGAGAGUGGUCUGCUUAGAUUGCGCAGCGUCAGGUGAAUGACACUUGCCAGCGUUACAAAAGAGCUUCAGGAGGAAGACCUGUUCCUUGCACGAGCGUCUGUGGAUGGAGAAGGAGGAGUGCCGGCGCUCAGGUCCGCCUUGGCAACUUGGCUGAGGUGGGGUAGACCUGGGAGACACUGUAGCCCCCGCCGCCCACGGACGCUCCUCUGGCAGAGAACCGGAGGAGGCGCGGAGCCGGGCACGGCGGCCUGGCUGGGCGUCCGCUCCGGCCAGGAAGGAGUUGGAACAUUUCGAGAGGAGUCCUCCGGGGGGUUUGCCGAGCCCAGGCGGCCGAGGCAUUGGUCGCGCAGCAGCCGAGAGAGGCGCUCAGUUUCUGCCGCACCCCCUCCCACAGCACUUUGGCCGACACCCACGGGCGCCCCGCCCCCCUCGGGCUUAUAGAACCGGCCGGGCACCUCCGCACGCCUAGGAGCCGGACGCUUCCCUGAGCCGACGGCGCGGCUGCCUGUGUCGCCUGAAAGCCCCGCCGCCGCCGCCGCCGCCGAAGUGGCGAAGUGAGGCGGCGGCCGAGCCCCGCAUCAUGGAGGGCAGCUCCGCCGCGGCCCCAGCCCCAGCCCCGGUCGCCACCGACAGCCGCCGCCUCCCGCGUCCGGUCCGCCGGCUCUCGUCGCUGCUCUCAGGGCUCCGUUCCUUCCUCACCUCGAAGACAGUAUGAAGGAGACCCGGGGCCACGCGAGUGCCCCUUUCUGCAUGCGCCUCAACCACUCCUACCCCGGCAUCUGGGCGCCCGAGCGCUCCGCUGAGGCGCGGAGCAACCUCACGCGUCCCGCGGGGCCCGGCGAGGAUUGUGGCUCGGUGUCCGUAGCCUUCCCGAUGACCAUGCUGAUCACUGGCUUCGUGGGCAACGCGUUGGCCAUGCUGCUCGUGUCGCAGAGCUACCGGCGCCGGGAGAGCAAGCGCAAGAAGUCGUUCCUGCUAUGCAUCGGCUGGCUGGCGCUCACCGACCUGGUCGGGCAGCUGCUCACCAGCCCGGUGGUCAUCGUCCUGUACCUGUCCCACCAGCGCUGGGAGCAGCUCGACCCGUCGGGGAGGCUGUGCACCUUCUUCGGACUGACCAUGACCGUCUUCGGGCUCUCCUCGCUCUUCAUCGCCAGCGCCAUGGCCGUCGAGCGGGCGCUGGCCACCCGGGCGCCGCACUGGUACUCGAGCCACAUGAAGACGAGCGCCACCCGCGCCGUGCUGCUCGGCGUGUGGCUGGCGGUGCUCGCCUUCGCCCUGUUGCCGGUGCUGGGCGUGGGUCAGUACACCAUCCAGUGGCCCGGGACGUGGUGCUUCAUUAGCACCGGGGCAGGGGGCAACGGGACUAGCCCUUCGCACAACUGGGGCAACAUUUUCUUCGCUUCCUCCUUUGCUUUCCUGGGGCUGUCAGCGCUGGCCGUCACCUUCGCCUGCAACUUGGCCACCAUUAAGGCCCUAGUGUCCCGCUGCCGGGCCAAGGCCACGGCGUCUCAGUCCAGCGCCCAGUGGGGCCGGAUCACGACCGAGACGGCUAUCCAGCUCAUGGGGAUCAUGUGCGUGCUGUCGGUCUGCUGGUCGCCGUUGCUGAUAAUGAUGUUGAAAAUGAUCUUCAAUCAUACAUCAGUUGAGCACUGCAAGACGUACACAGAAAAGCAGAAAGAGUGCAGCUUCUUCUUAAUAGCUGUUCGCCUGGCUUCACUGAACCAGAUCUUGGAUCCCUGGGUUUAUCUGCUGCUAAGAAAGAUCCUUCUUCAAAAGUUUUGCCAGAUCAGGCACCACACAAACAACUAUGCCUCCAGCUCCACCUCUUUACCCCACCAGUGCUCCUCAACCUUGAUGUGGAGUGACCACUUGGAAAGAUAAUGAAAGAACGGAGGUGGACUUUUUAUUGCAAUUCCUGCUUCCAUGAGUUUGUGUAUUUCUUCCUACCUGAGAAGGAGAAUUUUAUAUUUUGAUUUGGAUUGUUUCUUCUUUUUCAUCUUUUUAAAAAUUUUAAUGUUUUUUCUUGUCAGUAAUAUCCACUGAGACCAAGUUUAUUACUGCAAUACGUGUCUUUGAGUAUUAAAAAUUGGUUUCUGGGACUGGAUUUUGAGUAUAUAUUUAAGAAGCUGGGCACGAUUGCACAGAUGGUGACUGGUGAAAAAAUGAGAAAAAGAAAACCCCAUCCUUCAGGAAUUUUCCCCCAGCUUCAAACCCUUAUGUGAAUCUCAACUGAUGUGGAUAUCUUUACAUUUUAUCGUAGUUUUGGUUUUACAAUAUGAGUUUGAAAAAUCAGUAAAAGUUUUUGUCAGUGAAAAGUCAACUUACUGGGAGCAAGAGUUCAAUUAAUAAGACAUAAACUUCACGAGAUAGAACAGGAUGCCAAGUGAAGGCAGGAGGGUACCAUGACCAAAGAUAUUUAUGCAAAAUGUGUGAUUAAUGUUUUGGAGAUGUGUUCUUCUGGGCUAAGCUGGGAACUAAAAGCCCUUAAGUCUGUAUUCUGGUUAUGUGUCAUUUAGUAACUCAGGAAUCAGCAUAAUUGUUAUUUCUCUGUCUUUGAAGACUGAAAGGUGUGAUGCAACGAAGGGCUGUCUUGAUAUGUCAUAGAAAAUAAUAAUGAAGCUAAGGGAUGAACUGUUGAGUUGGAGCAUUAAAAAAUCCGGGUGCAGUCUCCGAUCCACCACUAUCAAUUCAGCAUUUCUUACCAUUUCUUCUUGGGUGGCAUACAAAAGACAAAAUUAAUAAAUGACAUAGUUAUCAACUAUCAAGUUUUGUUACUUUUUUAUGAGGGUCUAGUUUGUCUGAAAUAAGAAAUUCUGUGAACUUUAAAAAAAUACUUUGAGUCAUCUACUAUCUCUCAGCUAAUGUGCCCUUACCUGCUCAUAAAUUCAACCAACAUUUCUUUCUCUUGUCUUUCUUUCCCACUCCCUUCCUCCUUCUUUUCCCUCGCCCCAUUCACUUAAUUCAACACAUAUUUAUUGAGUGUCCCUUCUUUAGGCACCUAAGGGCCAUGCUGUCACCUACGAGGAU